AUGUCCAUGCAUACAGCUCCGCUUCGCCGUGCGCAAACCGACCUUCCCACACAAACAUCGAGUCCUCUUCGCCAUGACUCGACCGCGUCAACAAAUUCGUCUAUAUACUCGCUCUCAUCCAACUCUUUUGCUCCCAGUCGCACCAGCACCGUCUCAUCAAACGCGUCUGCCGGGUCGGCAACUGGAUUUGGACACAAGCGAGGCAAAAGUGAGGUAAAUACGACAGCAAUUCAGCAAAAUAUGGGCGGAGGAGCUCCAGAAUGGGCCAAUGCAGGCGCAACGUACGAAAAUAUCCGCCGCUCGUUGCGCCCGCUCUCUCAAGCUCCCAACUCCUCUCCUCCAGCAAGCAAGAAUGCUGUUUUUCGCCACGCGAGAAGCCAGACCCUCGACAACCCUCAAUACUGGAAGGAGAACCGCCCGCGAACCCCCGAAGCCCGCUACGGCCACAACGAGGAAGCCGAGCCGCUCAAAGAAAGAGCAUCUCCCAAUGUUAUGACCCCUCCAAAACCUAGUUCACCACAUCAUGCGGCCCCGCCUGCGAGGCCGAGUGUUAGGGCAAAUCACUCCCAUAGCGUGUCUGGCACUCAUCCACCCCCGUUAACGGCCACGUUCUCAACCCCAGAGCUCGAGACAUUUCAGAAAUCAACCACCGGCCACCUUCGGGCGUUAUCAAGAUUUGCAAAGUCUGGCGAGACCGAUGAAUUCUCUCUCGACACUCACACUCCUUCAGUUGUGGGGCUUCAAGGACGACGGCGACUGAAGAGGUCUGGUUCAGUAGCCGGAAAUCAUGGCUCGCGAGCCGCCCAAAAACCAAUCGCUUCUGCUUGGGCAGCGGGAAAUUGGAUGGACAAACAGCGGCAAUUCCUACAAGCGUACGAAUACCUUUGCCAUAUUGGAGAAGCUAAGGAGUGGAUUGAAGAGGUCAUCCAACAACAAAUCCCGCCCAUUGUGCAACUCGAAGAAGCCCUGCGCGAUGGUGUUACCCUAGCAGAAAUUGUCAGGGCCCCUGACAGCUCAAGCAAUACGAGGCCGAGGGCAAGGCGUUUGUCGCUCGGACAUCAUAGCCAAGUGAUAUUCCCAAGAGCCUGA